AAGUCUCCGUAGUUCUUCUUUGCCGAGCAAACGAAAAAUCCCAGCGCACCUUCAUUUUCCUUUUAUAAUUUUAUUCAAACAUUUAUUCAAAAGCUCCACUAGCCUGAAAAAUCAACCGUUACAGAUUGAGAAUUGUUUCUGGUUUCAGUUGGCCACUCAAAAUUUUAUAGAUAUUCACUUUUUGGACUAUGUGAGUACCCCUCAUCUGCUUAGUUGCUAUAAUGGCUGGAAUUAGGCUUUCAAGACUGAGGUCACUGUCUAAUUCCUUAUAUCCCUCUUCACAACCACCAUUAUUGCCACUAUACAAUUCCUAUAUGAAACUUACAAGAAAUGUUGAUCAAAACUAUGUCAGAUCAUCUUAUGCCUAUGUAGAUAGCAUUUAUAACAAAAGAGAAUCACAAUCUGCUGCAAAGUUUGCGAAUACCCAUAUUAAAGUUGUGGUGUCUGAUCCUUUGGCUCAUAAAUGUUUCCACAAAAUCAAUCCCAUGGCUGCAUCAUCCUUGAAUUCAUCGACUUUGCGUUACCAGAGUGUGUUCCCCUUUGUUUUGAUAAGCCCAGUAUUGAGAAAUCAGUCACAUUCGUUGUCUUUCAGUAGCAAGACUGAUAAAUCUGUGGAAUCUGAAGUUUCAGCUUCUUCGGUUGGAGGGGAAGUAGAUGUUAGCAACAGUGGUGUUAUUGGCAGUGAUUGGGUUGAUAAAGUCAAAGAAGCUUGGCAUAAUGCUGUGGAUGCAGUAGGUUAUACUGGGCAAAAGGCUAAAGAAGCCUCUAAUGAACUGAAGCCUCAUGUUGAACAGUUGCUUGAUUCCCAUCCGUAUCUUAAAGAUGUGGUUGUUCCGGUUGGUUUCACUUUGACUGGUACCAUAUUGGCUUGGGUGGUCAUGCCCAGGCUUUUAAGAAGAUUUCACAAGUAUGCAAUGCAAACUUCAGUCCUGCCAUCUGGAAGCUUACUUGGGGAUCAAGUUCCAUAUGAGAAAAGCUUCUGGGGAGCUUUGGAGGAUCCAGUGAGAUAUCUAAUUACCUUCAUGGCAUUCUCUCAAAUCGGCAUGAUGGUUGCACCAAGUACUAUUGCUUCACAAUACGUUGCACAGGCAUGGAGGGGAGCAGCUAUCCUUUCAUUUGUCUGGUUUUUGCAUCGUUGGAAAACAAAUGUACUUGAUCGUGCACUGGCUGCUCAGAAUUUAGCAGGGACUGAUCGGGAAAAGUUGUUAACUAUGGACAAAGUUUCAUCUGUUGGUCUAUUUGUUAUUGGGGUAAUGGCUUUAGCAGAGGCAUGUGGGGUAGCUGUGCAAUCUAUUCUGACAGUUGGUGGCAUAGGUGGAGUGGCCACCGCUUUUGCUGCCAGGGACAUUCUUGGAAAUGUGCUCAGUGGAUUGUCUAUGCAGUUUUCCAAACCUUUUUCAUUGGGUGAUACAAUAAAGGCAGGAUCUAUAGAAGGUCAAGUGGUGGACAUGGGACUCACAAGCACAACAUUACUUAACUCUGAGAAAUUUCCAGUUUUGGUUCCAAACUCACUCUUUUCCAGUCAGGUUAUUAUGAACAAGUCACGUGCUCAAUGGCGUGCCGUGGUGACCAAAGUUCCCUUGCAAAUUGAAGAUCUGGACAAGAUUCCCCAGAUAUCCAAUGACAUCAAGGGCAUGCUAAAAUCAAACUCAAAAGUUUUCUUGGGAAAGGAGGCCCCUUACUGUUUCCUGUCUCAUAUAGAAAGUUCUUAUGCAGAACUGACCAUUGGAUGCAAUCUCAGACACAUGAGCAAAGAUGAAUUAUACUCCACACAACAAGAUAUUCUUCUGCAGUCCGUCCAGAUUAUUAAGAAGCAUGGUGCUACAUUGGGCAAUACAUUCCAAGGUACAGCCAGUCAGUGAUGCAGCAAAUGGAGAAUGAUAUCUUUUAAAGAGGCUGAGAUUUACAUAUCUUAGUCCUUACAACUUGAACAUUUCUAGAGAUAUAAGUCAACACAAUAUCAGUAGGAACAUGUUCAGUUUACAAUGACCUUGUGCUUUUGUGUUGAUGGGGAAGAGUUGUCAUUACAUGAAUUUGUGAAGAAAUGGUUAUGAUGUGGUAAAGGUAUUGGCUCAGCUGACCAAUGGAGUGGGUUCUGAUUCCAUUUGUUGCAAACACAAAGGAUUUUUCUUUGCAAUUGUUUUGCCUUUUUUUUUAAAUGAAAAAUUUUAGAAAUCUGUCCAUGUCGCCAGCCAUUGGCUGGAGAAAACACUGCAACUGCUGUAUAUUUUAAGAUUUUUAGCAAUUACAAAAGCUUUGUGC